AAGAGAUAUCUUCUCAUCAUAACAUCUCAUACUCAAAAUUCUCGAACCCAUAAUUAGUUUCUCCCACAUACGUUUCGUUUCAUCCAUCUUCAUAUUUAUUAUGUCUUGGAUCUGGCUCUCUUGAUCUCUUUGGUUCUAAAAGUGUGUAACUGUUGUUGAUAUAUAUCAUAUACUUAAACUGCAGUGGAACUCAAAUAAAAGAGAUGCCGGUGCAAAUGGGUGGACUAAAAGGUUUGAGAACAUUGACUACUUUUGUUGUGGGGAAAUCUACUAGGUCGACUAUUGGCGGAUUGGGGGAUUUGUCCCAUCUUGGAGAAAAACUUUCAAUUUUGAAGCUUAAUAAUGUGGUUGAUGGUAGGGAUGCUAAGUUGAAGAACAAAAAAGAUCUCAAGGAGUUAGAGUUGGCAUGGGGCUCCAAAGAUGCCGAUCAUUCCGAAAAGGUGAGAGAUGUACUUGACAACCUCCAACCUUGCAUGAAUUUGGAGAAAUUGACCGUUAAACUUUAUGGCGGGACCAGCUUCCCAAACUGGUUGGGAGACUCUGCCUUCAAUAAAAUAAAAGUUAUGCGCCUUGAAGGCUGUCAUUAUUGCUUCGAGUUGCCACCGCUUGGACAGCUACCUGCUCUUAAGGAGCUCUUCAUAUGUGAGAUGAAAUUUCUUAGGACGUUAGGUCCUGAGUUGUAUGGUCAGCCAUUUCAGCCAUUUCAAUCACUGGAGAAGCUGGAGUUUAAGGAGAUGGCAGAGUGGGAGGAGUGGGUACCAAGUGGAAGUGGAGGUCCAGACUUUCCUCGUCUCCAAGAGAAUAGCUGUGAUUCAAUGAGGUCCUUCCCCUUGGGCAUUUUUCCCAAAUUGAGGAAACUUUUUAAUGUAGGGCCAUGA